AGGGAGAAGGAGAUGAGGUGUAAGAGACGUUCUCUCUGAUGGGUUCUGCGCUCAGCUGCCUGUGGUCCAAAGAAAGUAAUUUCGAAACAGCAGAACUGAGCAGGCACCGGCGAGUGCAUCUUUCCUGUUUGAACGACAUCUCUGCCAACCGAAGUGGGCAAGCAAUAUGGAGUAACGUCCUCAUUCUUCCAUUCACUUAUUCAGAUGCUUGCUGAGCUCUGUGUUGGUGCUGUUUUAGUUCUUGUGAAACUUCGAGUGAACAUGGGCGACGUGGGUGUUUUGGGAACGUCAGAGUAAAUAAGGAAAUAAUAUAGGGUAUUAGUGAAAAGUGCUAUAGGAAAAGGAAACAGGGCAAGUUCUAGGAUUAAAGCAGUACUUGGAGGUGAGGAACUUAGCCAUUCUAUUGGAAGCAUUCCAGGCAAAGCGAACACCCGUGCCUAGACCCUAAUGUGGGAGCGUACCUGGCUUGUUGGAGGACUUGCCAGGAGACCCUUGGAAAAGAGUGACCAGGGGAGGUAGGAGAUUGGAGGGCUUGAGUCGGGUAGGGUCUUAUCAUCUCUUCUAUAACCGGAAUUUUAUUACGUUGGGGAUGCUCUUCGAAGCUUUUUCUUUUAAAUAUUCUGUGAAGAUGAGCGUGUGUGAGUUAAAAGGAUAGGACAAUGAGCUUAAUUUUUUUUUUUUUUUGAAAGAUUUAUUUUCGAGCUUCUCUUGGUAAGACUUUGAGAAAUUAAAUAGUACUUCCUGAAACCGUCAAGAAGAAAAAUGUCUGUGACAUUGCAUACAGAUGUAGGUGAUAUUAAAAUAGAAGUCUUCUGUGAGAGGACACCCAAAACAUGUGAGAAUUUCUUGGCUCUUUGUGCCAGUAAUUACUACAAUGGCUGUAUAUUUCAUAGAAAUAUCAAGGGUUUCAUGGUUCAAACAGGAGAUCCAACAGGUACUGGAAGAGGCGGUAACAGUAUCUGGGGCAAGAAGUUUGAGGAUGAAUACAGUGAAUAUCUCAAGCACACUGUUAGAGGUGUUGUGUCUAUGGCUAAUAAUGGCCCAAACACAAAUGGAUCUCAGUUCUUCAUCACCUAUGGCAAGCAGCCGCAUUUGGACAUGAAAUACACAGUAUUUGGAAAAGUAAUAGAUGGUCUGGAGACGUUAGAUGAAUUGGAGAAGUUACCAGUAAAUGAGAAGUCAUAUCGACCUCUUAAUGAUGUGCACAUUAAGGACAUAACUAUUCAUGCCAAUCCAUUUGCUCAGUAGCUAUAAUAGAUCUGAACAAAUAUUUGGCAAACUGUUCACUGGAACACACCUAUUGUGGUUUACCCUGCUUACAUAAAGCUGAGAUCAUCUGGGAAAUGGUGGUACCAAGGGAAGCCCAACAGCCCCCAUUCUUACAGCAUAUAUUUUUAUUACAACUAUUAUCAUCCAAUGUAUUUCUUUAAUAUAAAAAACCUGCUUUUUAAUUUUUGUUAUAAAUAAACAUUCAUUUUUAAAUGCUGAGCCUCAAUUACAUGUCAGCAUUUUUGAACACCCUAAUUACAUACUCCUAUCCAGUUCAUGUCCUGGAAUUAUUAUUUUCCAUUAAUUAUUAACUUUAUGCACUUAGAAAGAGGAGGGACACAAUAAAGAGAUGGUUUAGAAAGGCCAGCCAAUCCAUUUGCUAUUUUCAGUGGUCUUUAGAUUUAUAGUAGAGGCUCUAAGAAGUCCUGGUAAACACUCAACAUUUCCCAAUUGAUUUGCUCAUGCAACACUUUUUUAAAGCAUGUAUUUUAAAAUAUUGAAGAAUAAAGCUCUACAGAAGAUCCAUUUGGAAAAUGCAAUGAACUGGUUAUGAGCACCAGUUGUGGAAUCCUGGUCAGUGUUUGAAUCACACCUGUGCCCCCUACUGUGUGACUUUAGGCAAGUUAACAUCUCCAACCUUUAGUUUUUUCAUCCAUAAAUAAUAUUCCUUCGUAAGACUGUUGUGAGGAUUAAAUGAAACAAUGUUUAUAAAGCUCCUGGCACGUAGUAAAUAAAUGGAAGAUACCCUCCUAACAUAUUCAUGUCCACUGUAGAUAGGGCUUUCUCACCUAAUCAGGCCAUUUAUCAGGCUGUACAAUUGAUUUUAUCAAGAACCAUGUUUCACUCACUGCCUAGAUCACCUUGAUUAGAUUUGGGGUAUUCAUAAAACUGAUACCAAACAUUUACUUCUCGGUUUGUCUCAUUUCUCCCAGUGGAUGAUCUAAUUAAUGUUUUGAUUCUUUCUUAACUACAGUUUGGGAUUUAGCUUGCAGCUCUCCUCUUGUUACCAUUUAUACCUUCCACUAAACUGAGGUGCCAAUUAUACUAAUGACCUCACAUUUUGUUUCAUCUUUUUAAUUUUAAUCAUUUAGAUUUCUAGAAUUCUUAUUAAAGACUUUCUCCGGCCAGA